AUUAAUGGAAGAAGUCAAAAUCACGAUUUGAGGAUAGCACGAAAUGUAGCCAUACGAGCUCAAUYUACAGGAGCGAUAUCAGCGGGGAUAACAACAUCAGAAGAGGAACAUUCAGCAGCGACAGAAGCAACAGCUACAAAAGCAACAGUAUUUCCCACUGCACGAUAAUAAGAUCACAGAGUUGAAACAAAACACGCAGCAAAUCGGCACGGUACAUUCAAUCCAUGUUUGGGGGGUACAAUCCGUCGGCCCGUGGUCCCGGUGGGUCCGGCCCGGCACAAGCACCAAGGGGAUACAUUGCCGGACGCGGAAGGGGUGCCGCUGGCUUUCAGACCCGAAGCGACCUGGGGAACACGGGCGAUACCGCGGCCUUUGGUGGAGGCCCCACUUCGAUGCCCGCCUCCGCCAACGCUGGCAGCAGCAACAGUCCGUGGGGUUCUGCUCCCCGUGGAUAUGUUGCCGGUGCAGGGCGGGGUGCGAGCAAAAUGGGUGCCGCCAGCCAGGCAUUCGGACCGAAUGGUCAGCCACUCGAUGACAACAACACGGGCAGCGGCGGUCGGGAGCAACGCGCAACGGCUUCCGCCAGGACUUCUGCGCCUCCUUCCGGCGCCGUCGAAGGACAAUACGACGACGACGACCACGAGGCCGAUUUGAUCUGGGCGGCCAUCGACGAACGACUCCAAAACCGGCGGAAGAAACGCAAAAAGGGAAGCAACGAAGUACAAGGACCGGCACAUACCGACGAUCCACGUGCCCGCGAGCGAAUGAAAAUACAGCACUCGUUUCGGGACGUUAAGGAAGAACUGGGCACCCUUUCGGAAGAAGCGUGGAUGAACCUCCCGGAUGCCAUGGGAGACCAUUCUCUGAAGCACAAACGGGCACAGGAAAAGAAACAGGGGCAGAUAUUCACCCCGAUCACGGACAGCAUGCUCGAAUCGAGGAUCGGAGCUACCUCUGACAAGUCCUCGAUGAAUCUCAACACGCAGGUGAACAUCAACGACAAGAGCGAUGGAACAGAAACAAGCGCCGUGAAUAUGUCUGGUAUUGGGGCCGCUCGUGGAACCGUUCUGGGGCUCUCUUUAGACAGGAUGAGCGAGAGCGCAAACGAUAGCGGACUCGCCACGAGCGUCAAUGCCAGUGGGUACCUCACCAGCAUGAGUACCCUCAACGGUGGAGCACCGGGAGCGCUGCCAAACAAUCUCGGUGACAUCCACAAGGCGCGACUGCUGCUCAAGAGCGUCCGCGACACGAAUCCCAAGCACGGACCGGGAUGGAUAGCCUCGGCACGUAUCGAAGAAGCGGCUGGCAAGACACUCAAAGCCCGCAAGAUCAUACAGGAAGGAUGUGAAACCUGUCCAAAGUUCGUCGAUGUUUGGUUAGAGGCUGCCCGUUUGCAUCCUCUCCCCGUCGCCAAGAGUAUCCUAGCGACCGGUGUCCGCCGUGUCGACAACAAUGUUCCCCUCUUUCUGAAAGCGGCCGAACUCGAAACCGUGCCGGCACACAAAAAGGCGGUGCUUCGAAAGGCUCUGGAGGCAAACCCUCAUUCGCUCCAGUUGUGGAAACAAGCCAUUGACCUAGAGGAUUCCCAGGACCGAGCCAAGCUCUUGCUGUCGGUCGCUGUCGAAAAGGUCCCUACCGCCAUCGAGCUGUGGAUGGCGCUCGCACGCCUCGAGACCUAUGAGGAGGCACAAAAGACCCUCAACAAGGCCCGAAAGGCCCUUCCACUGGAAAAAUCUAUCUGGAUGGCCGCGUCCAAACUCGAGGAAUCCCAGAACCAUCUCUCGAGAAUCCCAAAACUUGUCGACAAGGCCUUCAAGACCUUGGCCAAGAAAGACGUUGUCAUUUCUCGAAACCAGUGGAUAUCUGAGGCCGAAGAUUGUGAAAUGGCAGGUGCACCGCACACGAGUGCAGCCAUUGUGGCUAAGGCCAUCGGGCUAGGCGUUCUGGACGAGGACCGCAUCCGAACAUGGAGCGACGAUGCCAAACAAGUCCUCGCCAGAGGUCAUGUGGCGACAGCCAGGGCCAUUUUGGCACACGCCCUACAACAGUUCCCCUCAAGGAAGGGCCUGUGGAUGCAAGCGGUGGAACUGGAAAAAACAGCGGGUGCGAAAAAUGUUUCUACCGAUUUCGCGGAAUCUGCAGCCAAUGACACAGGAGAGGGAGCCGAGAACUCUCGUGAAAAUAAUGAGAACAACCAAAGCAAAAAGCAGCACGUACUCAAUGAAUCACUUGACCAAGUUUUGCAGGCCGCAAGUGAACGAUUGCCCAGAGUCGAAGUCUUUUGGUUGCUCCGCGCCAAGGAGCGAUGGCUAGCUGGAUUCGUUGAUUCGGCUCGCGACAUUCUCACCAAGGCCUUCGAGGCCAAUCCCGAUUCGGAACGAGUGUGGCUGGCCGCCGCAAAACUAGAGUGGGAGACGGGAGAAACAGAGCGAGCACGAGUGUUGCUGGAGAGAGCUCGAGAACGGGCACCUAGCGAACGGGUAUACAUGAAGUCGGCGCUUUUGGAACGGGAAGCCGGAGAUACACGCGCGGCACUCGCUCUGAUCGAGGAAGGACUGCAAAAGUAUCCCAAAACGGCACCGAAAUUGUACAUGAUGGGCGGUCAGAUAUGUUCAGACGACUUACCGCGGGCACUCGCAAACAGUAAUUCUACCGACGAGAAGAUCAAAAAAAAGAAGAAGUCGUAUUUGGACAAGGCACGAAAAAUAUACCAGGAGGGCAUCGAAAAAUGUGUCGAGAACGUCACUUUAUGGAUUCUGGCAAGUAGGCUGGAGGAAAGGGCCCACACGUUUGUUUCAGAAAACGGUUCGACUGCAAGUGAAUCGAGUACGAACCAAGGGGUUGCAAAAGCUCGUUCGUUGUUGGAACUUGCCCGUCUUAAACACCCUAAGAAUGACCUCUUGUGGCUAGAGGCUACCAGGCUAGAGCGACGGUCGGGGAACACUAAACUCGCUGAAUCCCUCAUGGCCCGGGCGUUGCAGGAAUGCCCCAAGUCUGGACGGCUCUUAGCAGAAAAUAUUGCCACGGCGCCCCGCGUAGAGCAAAAGAGYAAAUCUGCCGAUGCCAUCAAGCGCAAUCCGGAGUCCCCUCUAGUUAUUGCCACCGUAGCUUCCCUUUUUGCCUCCGAUCGAAAAAUCACAAAGGCACGAAAAUGGUUCGAGCGAGCUGUUCUACUAGAUCCUGAUCUAGGGGACUCAUGGGCAAAGUACUAUAAUUUCGAGUCGAACCACGGGACAAAGCAGCAAAAAGAUGCAAUCCGCGAGCGAUGUAUCAAGGCCGAACCAAAGCACGGAGAAACAUGGCAAUCGGUCAUGAAGGAUACCUCCAACCGACACAAGACCCCUGGAGAGGGACUAGAAUUAGUGGCCUCGGAAAUUAAAUCGAGGGCGGUGUGAUGGAAUGUACAGUAGUGACGAGAUAGGUAUCACGAAUAUGUUAUUUGUAUCUGGAAGCUCUAGUCCUUCUCUGCCAAAGAUUGAUCUGCUUUUUCAGAGUCACUCUUUCUGUGUUGCAAUAUGCAGAGAUGUGAGAUUCUGAGCUUUUUCUAAAGAUUGGCUAUUACUUUACUGUACAGUUUGGUAUUGGCAUUACACUUGACAGUAUUUCAACUUUCUACCUUUCUACUUCUACCAAGGAAGUUCGUAUUUUCUUUGCACAAGAUUACCAAGUAAGUAUGGUAUCAGUACUGGUCCAUACUGAACUCCUGAGAUCAUGGAAGUCCAAACAUUAAAAAAGACUAAAACAG